AUGGCUCAAAUUCAGCGCUUGGGGGAGGAUGUCGCCGCUUACGGCGAUCAGUGGCCGCUCUUACCGGUCAAUCCUGGCUCUAUGGCUAGAGUUAGGGAGGCGAGGAUGGGGGAUAUUGUUGACUUCCCAGCCGGAGGUUAUCUCCUCGUGCCUACGGGUAUAGGGAGAUAUUACCGACCAAUGGUGGUUCUCGGGGUUUUUCCACUGGUGUGGAACUACCAAAGCCGGGAGUUUCUCAUGCAAGAGAAUCUCCCCCAUCUUUACGCAUCCCCACUGGCUAAUUGCCUCAUUGUGGCAAUAGUGCCAGAUCCAGGGUAUGCGGAGCGCGAGGCUGCUGCUCGCCAGGAUAGAGAACGCCGAGCUGCUUCUCGUCGGGAGACUAACCGCCGGGCACUUCAACGGGCUGCUGAGCGGGCUGCUGAACGCCAGGCUCUUGAACGGGAUGCGACUGAAAAGGCAGCUGAUGAACAGCCUGUUCCCGCCGCUCCUCUCUCCCCUGCCUCUCCCGUUCCUGCCUCUCCUGUUCCCGCCGCCGCUCCUCUCGCCGCUGCUCCUCUCGCCCCUGCCCCUCUCGCCCCUGUUCUUCCUGCGCCUGUUCCUGUCGCCCCCGCUCUUGUUGUCCCCGUUGGUGGUGCACCCAACGACCACCAUCAAGCUGGCAAUAGUGUGCUUGUCGAGGGCAGUUGGCCGUGGUGGAGACAAUUUGUGCCUGACGAAAUUGUUGAUCAAUGGGAGCAGGAGGAGAAGGCAGAGAGGCAAAGGAUCCCAAUCGUAGUCCUAGAAUAA